AUGACGUCGCGCUGUCAGGCCGGCGGCCGGCGGUUGUUCGAGGUGCUCGACGCCGUUUCCGAGGUGCGCGAAUCCCCACGGGCGCGGCCCCUGCCGGAGGUGCGCGGCGCCCUGCGCUUCGAGGGCGUCAGCUUUCGCUACGACCGCCAUCUGCCGAUCCUGCACGACAUCAGCUUCACCGCCGAGCCGGGCCAAACGGUGGCGCUGCUGGGCGGCACCGGCAGCGGCAAAAGCACCCUGGCGCAACUGAUUCCGCGUUUCUACGACCCCACCGGCGGGGUCGUCAGCCUGGACGGCAUCGACGUCCGGGACCUGCAAUUGGACGCUCUGCGGCGGCACAUCGGCAUCGUCAUGCAGGACACCUGGCUGUUCUCCAGCACCAUCCGCGACAACAUCGCCUACGGGCGCCCCGACAUCGGUCUUGAGGCCAUCGUGGCGGCGGCCAAAGCGGCGCAUGCGCACGACUUCAUCAUGAAAUUCCCGCACGGCUACGACACCUGGGUCGGCGAGCGCGGCGUGACGCUAUCGGGCGGCCAGCGGCAGCGCGUCGCCAUCGCCCGCGCCUUCGCGCGCGACCCGCGACUGCUGAUCCUCGACGACGCCACGUCGAGCGUGGACGUGGAGACGGAAUUCCUCAUCCAGCGCGCGCUGCGGGGUCUGAUGGUGGGGCGAACGACCGUGGUGAUCGCCCAUCGCCUGUACACCCUGCGGCACGCCGACCUGAUUCUGGUGCUGUCCGGCGGGCGCAUCGUACAGCGCGGCACGCACGACGAACUGCUGGACGAGCCGGGGCUGUACCAGACCGUGCACAGACAACAGUCGCGUGACCCAGACGAACAAGUUGCGCCACCGGUUUCGCCCGUUGCCGCAGAGCAGUCGCACGUAUGA